AAAAAGUUGCCAUCCAUUCCAGAAAGCCUUUUGAAAAGGCGAAAAGCCUUUGCGCAAGCCAAGGCCAAAAGGGUCAAGAAAAUCCUGGCUGAUAAGAAGGCCCGCAAAGCAAAAAGGAAGAUCAUUUACAAGAGAGCCGAGGCCUACUACAAAGAAUACAGACAGAUGUACAGGCGUGAAGUGCGUCUGGGUAGAAUGGCCCGCAAAGCUGGAAACUAUUAUGUGCCUGCUGAGCCCAAGUUGGCAUUUGUCAUUAGAAUCAGAGGUAUCAAUGGAGUUAGUCCAAAGGUUCGCAAGGUAUUGCAACUCCUCCGCCUGCGCCAGAUCUUCAACGGCACCUUUGUCAAGCUCAACAAGGCUUCUAUCAACAUGCUGAGAUUGGUUGAGCCCUACAUUGCUUGGGGUUAUCCCAAUCUGAAGUCUGUGAAGCUGCUUAUUUACAAGCGAGGAUACCUGAAGAUCAAGAAGCAGCGUAUCCCCCUUACAGACAACUCUCUGAUUGAAAGAUACCUAGGGAAACGUAACAUCAUUUGUGUUGAAGAUCUGAUCCACGAGAUCUACACUGUUGGCAAAAACUUCAAGGCAGCAAACAAUUUCCUUUGGCCCUUCAAAUUGUCCUCUCCCAGAGGUGGAAUGAAGAAGAAAACCACACACUUUGUAGAAGGUGGAGAUGCAGGCAACAGGGAAGACCAGAUCAACAGACUGAUAAGAAAGAUGAACUAA